AUGGCCAUCGGUGGCGCUUCUUCAGAUUUUAACGCCAUCUUUUUUGGUAUUUCAUGGCUUUUUUUGAAGCUAAUUUUUUUUAAAGCUAAAUUCGAAAAAAAACUUUCUGCACGUUUUUCAAAUAGUUUGGAAAAGUUUUUACUUGAAAAUUUCUUUUUGCUUGCAAAUUGGAAUUGAAAUAAAAGUUUUUCAAAACUAUUUUUAAAAUAGCUUGUUUCAGUGAACUGAGUUAAAUGAAUAUUAUUUUUAAAAUAAUUGGUUUUUUUAAAUUUUUUUCAAGUCUACUUAUUGAAGUAUUUUUAAUCUUUAAGUUUUUUUCAAUGGAUUUUUCCAACUUUUUAACGUAUUGAUUUAUUUUUUCUCAUUGCAGAUAGAUAUUCAUCAACAGUUUUUUUUGUAAAUUUUUUUUUUCAUUCUCUACAGAAAAUUAUCAAGGUUUCUAUUAGAGAACAUUUUUUGUUAUGAAAAAUAAUUGCGAAUAAUUUUUUUUAAUUCCAGACAAUCACAACGCCGUGUAUUCGUUGUUCAUGAAGGCUCACAAGUGCUACGAUUUGAUCCCGACUUCGACGAAACUUGUCGUUUUCGACACCCAUCUGCCGGUAAUUUACCGAGCCUUUCAUAGUGAAAGCUUAUUGACAGAUCAGCGUGAUCCCUAGAGAGGGCACAAGGAUCUGAAGCUUAGAAAAAUAGUUUUUAUAUUUUUACAUCAGUUGGGUUUUGUAGAAAUAAAAUUGCUUAAAGACCUUAUGAGAAAAAAAUUUUCCAAGUGAGAGUCCAAUUUGAAGCACAAGUCAGUAUCAAAAGAAGCUCGAGAGGAUUUUCCAUCCUAAAAAGAAAAUUAGGAUACAAGCUUCAAAAAUAGAGGAUUCCUUUAAAAAUAGGGUGUAAUUUGAAUGAAGAUUUAUUUUAUUUUAGUCUUUAUUAGUAGGAGUUAACGGAUGGUUUUGAAAUAUUUUUUCGAAAAAAGUGGUUAUUUCCAAACCUUAAAAGUGGUUUUGAAGAAAUUCGUUGCUGAAUCAAGAUUUUACCAGUCCUUUAUGGUUCAAAACCUCCUAAAAGGAUUAUUUCUUCAGGUUCGCAAAGCGUUCUACGCUCUGGUGUACAAUGGAGUCCGUGCUGCGCCGCUGUGGGAUUCCGACAAGCAGCAAUUCAUCGGAAUGCUCACUAUCACCGACUUUAUCAAGAUCCUCAUCAGGUUUGUGAGCGAAUAUCUUGAAAAAGUGGACAAUUUUUACGCGAUUUUUAACGAAAUCUCUUAAUUUUCUGGAAAACUUUGUACAGUAUUUUCAUUUCUGUAGUUUUGCAAGAUGUUUGAGAGCUCCUGGGACCCUUGAAUUUUUCAGCGAGCUGACUCUCUUCGUGAACCUUUUGGAAAACUCCUAAAAUAUUCAUUUUAUUAAAAAUUUUGAAGCUCUUUCUCACGGUAAAUGACACUCCCAGAGAUUUUUUUGUCUGUUAAUAAUAAUAGUUUAUUAAUUAAGUCGGUUUUAACUUCAAAAUAUUUUUUUGCAGACACUACGAAGCGGGCGACAACGCGGAGCGAAUGAGAGCCUUGGAAAACCAGCAGAUUAGUCAUUGGCGUGAACAGUUUGAACAGGACGGAUGCCUCACUCCGCUCGUCUCUAUCGAUCCGAACGAAAGGUGAAUAGGGCGUUCUUUGGUGUUGAAUCUACCAGAAAGGGUUUUUUCUUAUCAAUUAUCAUCAUAGAUGGGCAGGUAAAGAACUCAUUCAGCCUGGGAAGAGGGAGUGGUUCAAGAAAAUUCAGAAAAAUUAGGGAUAAAAUUGAUUUUCAACCUCAGGAAGGUGCUUUUGUUCACAGAAAUACAAGUUUCAGCCUCAAGAAGGUAGUAUAAACAUCAAUUUAUGAAAAAUUGAGAGGAGGGGUCGAGCGGUCUGCCCAUGUGUGAUUAUCAUCUGAAUUAAUUACCAAAAUGAAUAAAUAGGCUUACGAAAAGGGCUUUGAAAAAAAGCGGGGGGGGAUACACUUUAACUUCCAGAAUACUUACAAGCUCUGGAAGCUCUCAAGAUUCUCCAUUUGGAAGUUCUAAUGAUCGUACUUUUGCAGUCUCCACCGAGCCGUCCAAGUACUCUGCGAAUCGAAGGUCCAUCGACUCCCGGUCUUGGACAAACGGACCGGCAACAUCACCUACAUUCUCACUCACAAACGGCUCAUCAAGUUCUUGUCCCUUUAUGUGGGUUUUCAAACAAGUUUUUUUCAACAAAAAAAUUAAAUUUUUUUCUACAGUUUUCCAGAAAAAAAUUAGCUUUUUUUGGAGGUUUUUCAUUUUUGGCUUGAAGAGCUUUGAGCACUAGCUCGUUGGGUUAAACUCAACCCUUUUUCAGAUCAGUCUUUCUGAAAAUCUCAAUUUUUUAAUGAACUCAGAAAGUUUUUAUAUAAUAUUAUUUAUUUACAGGCAGGACAAAAUAACAUGUACAGAGAAAAAAAUUUGGCAUUAAGCCUGAAAUAAAUAAAUAAAAGGCACUUGAGGCCCUCACGAGCCUCUGAGCCAGUAAUAAAAGAAUAAGAGGUGAGGAUUGCACAAGGGAAAAAAAAGUAAUUAGAAAAGAAAGCAUUAUAAGUUAUGACACAGUGUAGCACAGGUGAAUGGGGAAUUUAAUUGUUUGUGAUGAUAUAGACGCGCAUAAGAUGGAUGAGAGUAGGGCUGAAGCACGGGUACCUGGUUCAACGGAGACUGGUGGGAAUAGUUCCGAAAAAGGAAAUUAUUAUCGAGGGAUAGUAACAAAGACCUGAAACGUUCUGGAGAAACAUUGAGGUUUCCCAAUGUAGCCAGUUUAUUCCAAAGAGGGAUGAACGUCUCAAAGAAAUUUUCGAAACGAAUCCCUACUCUGAUAAGACGUGAUGGAGCACGUACCGAAUUUGAUCUCCUGAAAACACUGUGAGAAACUGGCAAAUGACUCUCCUUAAUAUAAAUUUUUAUGUAGUGUUCUUAGACAAAAUUCGACUCGUCUUCUAAAAAAAGAGUUUGUGUUAAUCUGAGCUAACCUGUCUUCAUAACUAGAAAACCUAAUGUUUGAUCGCAUGAAUGUUUGGCGAGUAAAUUGACGGAAGAUGUUUUUCGAGGGUGUAAGAUAGUUCUGAAGCUAGGGGGGACUGAACAACUCACAACAGUAGUCCAUAUAGGGAGCAACGUACGUAAGAAAAAUCCGGCUCAUUAGAGCGGGAGACAGGGCGCGGAACGCUCUGAUGAUUUGUUUACUUUUUAGUUUGCAUAAGGCUAUAACUUUACGAAGGUGAGGUUGACGGAAAAGUUCAGAAUUUUUUAGAGCCCAUGAAGAAAAAUUGGUCAGAAUAUUCAUUAUUCUAUCCUCAAAAUCUCUACUUGCAUAACUUCUAGAUUUUGUGAAACUAGGGCUCGAAGUCUCUAAACAGCAAUUUUCAACAGAUUUUUCUGUCCUUGUAGUGUAGUUUUUUGAAAACUGAUAAGUUUUGCUCUAGGGUCUUCGUAUGGUACAUCAAAAAGUAUUCUGACCAAUUUUUAGCUAUAUCCUAACCAGUGAGCAAAACGAUCUCCCUCAUAGGCAUUUUGAAAAUUCUCAAAAAAAUAAUACUUUGCAAGAAGCACAGGAAUAACAUUACAAAAAAAAUCACAACUUUUUUGGUUCAAUUUCGAAAGAGAAUUUAGCUGAACUAGUCUCAUUUUGUAGAUGAACGACCUCCCCAAGCCGGAGUUCAUGACGAGCACGCCACGGGAGCUGGGCAUCGGCUCGUGGGGCGACGUCCUCUCGUGCCACGUCGGCACGCCUCUCCACGACGCCCUGGAGUUGUUCUUGAAGAAUCGGGUCUCCGCCCUGCCGCUCAUCGACGAGCAAGGACGGGUUCGUGUCUUCUAUCGAUCGGCUAUCAAAUAUGGGGGAACUCUCAAAAUGAUGAUAAUCAUCAAGGAUUGAAGCUUGUCAGAAAUUUGAGUGUUCGAAAAUUAUCUGAAGAAAAAGAUUAACCUACGAGCUCCAGAGUGGUCACUAUAGAGACAAUCGAGGGGCCUUCGAAGGUUCCCCUAUAAGGGUCACUAAAUCAUGCAAAAGUGGCGACUAUAGGGAACAUGCUUAUGAACUUCAUGAGGAAUUGCGUUUCCAUACAAAAACUCAGUAAAUAGCGUUUUUUUUUUUGCAGGAAAAAAGACCCUUAACCCCGGACCACCUAAAUUCUACUCCUAAAGAUGGCACUUUUUUGUCCCCUAUAGAUAGAGACCGCAGAGCCACGCCCCUUUUUGCGAUGGUGAAAUGCACUGAUUUUUUAGAUUUCGUGUUUGAUGUUUUCGUAAAAGCGCAAUACUGAAUCAAACACAGAGAAAUUUGGUGGAAACAUAGAGAAAACCUUCCUCUUCAAUCUGAUAUAUUUUUCCCCCGAUUUUCGUAGCGUUUUAGCGGAGUGUCGUACAAAAAACCAAAACUACUUUUUUUCUUCGGGUUUUUAACCUAGUUCCAUGUCGUUGGCGCCUUUUUUUAUUUUUCGAAUUCGAUUCUUAAGUGAAAAAAACAAAUCUUUUAAGACAAAAAAAGUUAAAAAUUUUUUUACGGUGCCUAAUCUUCGUGAGGCCGCGCAAAGUUGAAAAAUGUUGUACUCGGUUUCGAGAGCGUGUAAGUAGAAAAAUUUUUUUAUUUUUAACUUGUGGAUUAAAUUGUAACUAAAAUUUUUAUUAAUAUAAAACUUAUUCCGAAAAACUUUGUUUUCUGAGAAAAAAAUAGACAGUGAAAAUUUCGAAAUUUAUUUUUAACAUGGUUAGAUGUCGUUGGCGCCUUUUUUUAUUUCUUAAAUAUUAGCGUAUUUCAAUUUUUCAAUCAAUUAAAAAAAUAAAAUAAAAAAAUUUUAGCGGUGCCUAAAAAGUUUAAUUAUUGUUAACUUGAAGCCAACGUUUGAAAUAACAAAAAAAACACCGAAAAACGGAAGCAUUUUUGAACUGAAUCUCUAUGAAUAAAUUAUUUUUUUAGGUGGUCCGAACACACGUGACUAAUAAUUGUUCAACUAUCAUAACUUUUUUUAAACAAGAUAGUCGGUAAAUGCUGUACUUUGAGGUGAAGUGGUGUAUAGCGCGAACGCCUCUUAUCUCCGAGAGAUGUGUGUGGAGCAGCGCAAGUGCGCUUGCAUACAGUUUUGAUAUCGCGAGUUCAAUCCUCGCAGCGGCCUUUUUUUCAUUUUUCAAGAAAAAAUAGCUUUUCUUUUCAAACUUGUGGUUUUAUACUGUUUUUAAUGACUUAUUACGACUUUGAAAAACCGGAAUAAACUACUAAAAAAAUUUAAAUCCGAUAUGAAAAACACAAUGAACGACCAAAAAGUGUAAAAUCUAAACUUUCAGUACUAAAUUUCGCGACUUUUUUCACUACUGUUUUGACCAUAACUUUUUUUUUUCUCAACCUUUUUCGAAAAACUAAACUGUUUUGAAUAGUAAAUUAGAGCAGCUAUCCAACCAUAGUAAUAUUAAAGUUCGAAAAAUUUUUUGAAAAUUCGUCUGCGGUCCCUACCUAUAGAGGCUUUUUUUGCACCCCCAUAGUGACCACUUUAGCCGCCUUAAGUAUACUCUUUUUUCUAUCGAUAGUCCCUCUCAAUUCGAUCUCACUGAAAUGAGCAUUCGGUCAGGCUCAACCAAAAAUCGGAAUAUUUUUCCCCGAUCAACGGUACUGUGUUAAGUUUCAACUAGGAUCGAAGCCAAGAAUUUCUGAAUUUUCUGGAAUUUUUUAAAAACGAAAUGAAGUCUUUGUGUUCAGGUUGUUGAUAUUUAUGCGAAAUUCGACGUGAUCAGCCUGGCUGCCGAGAAUUCCUACGACAAGUUGGACUGUACGGUGCAGGAGGCGCUGAGCCACCGAUCCGAGGUAUCCCUCAGCGUUGCAACCCGUUGCUCAUCCUACAUCAUAUUUGCAGUGGUUCGAAGGCGUUCACACCUGCUUGGAGACGGAUCCACUCCACGUCGUGAUGGAGACAAUCGUCAAGGCCGAGGUCCAUCGGCUCAUCGUCACUGAUAAGGACAAGAAGGUACUAGUUCUUCAGAAAAUGACCUCUUGAGUGUCCACUCUGUAAAAUAGCGAGCAUUUCGAUCAAGCAAUGAAGUUUAGGAAUUUUUGUGGAAUGUCGUCUUGUAUGAGAAGCUUUAUCUUAAUUUUUUUUUAAAUCGCAUCAAAAUGUCUACUUUUUGAGCAUUUCUUGAUUCAAUUUUACAAUGAGAAGAGCGACAAAACGAAAAAAAGUCAGUUUUUUUCGAAUGGGAAAGACAAAAAAUCAUCAAUUUUACCAACAAAAAAACAUUUUCUUUCUCCCAGGAAAACAUUCAACAGUUUUUAUAAUAAUCCAAAGCUUUCGAAACAGAAACAUUUUUGGGUAAUAAGGAAAGAGGAAGUUAAAACUGAUUUUUCUUCACAUUUUCCCUCAAAAUAUCUUUUUAAAAAUAUUAAUUUUUUUCUGCAAUUCACCGUUUCACACGUAAUUUAAAGAUCUUUUUAGGUUUUAUUAUCUCAGUCUUGUUUUUCUAUUCGGCACUACCUCCGAAAAUUCGCAGAUCAAAAAAAUAGAAUGCUCUAAAACUUUAGGAAUCUAGGGCGGCGGCUUUGAAAAAUUUAUUUAUAUGUAACUUUAAAAACUGGCGGAUUACAAAAGAUUUCAAAAAAAAAAUUAUAUGAAACUUUUUCAACUUGGUAAGCUUCCAUAUAAAAUGGUAAAAACUUCUUCUGAAACCUCCUGAUCAAUUCAAACCUUCAACCUUUGAGGUGGUCGGCGUCGUGUCCCUCUCGGACAUCCUCAAGUACCUGAUCCUGGACCCGGCCCAACAGCCGCCGAUGUCGUUCGGGGCGACGUCGUCGACGCCGAUGCCGCGCACGUCUUCCGCCUCGACCGCCGGCAGCAACGACAGCCCGCCCUCGAGCAUCCCGGAGGCCGUCGAGAUCGACGAGGACAACUAG